UGAAGGAAGUAGCAGACGCGCCGAGUGGCCUGGCUAGCCUGGCCUGCAGCAUUUAACAGCCUCUCUCAUUCGGUCAAAGAUGCAUUUUAUCCUUCUUUCCUGAGUAUUUGCUUUGUGUAUCACAUCAGGUCCACUGCUCAGCUUGCGAUGUCCGACAAAACGGAGUUGCGUUCUCCAAACUUCUUGCUCAAGUCUUUCUUUGCUGGUGGUGUGGCUGGCAUGUGUGCCAAGACAACAGUAGCUCCACUGGACAGAAUCAAGAUACUUCUUCAAGGUCACCAAUGCCACUACAAGCAUUAUGGUGUAUUCUCUGGCCUCAAGGGCAUAGUGCAGAAAGAGCAAUUUCUUGGGCUAUACAAAGGCAAUGGAGCACAGAUGGUCCGUAUCUUCCCCUAUGCUGCUGUACAGUUUCUUUCAUUUGAAGCUUACAAACGAGUUAUACGGAACACCUUUGAAAAUACUUCCCAUGCAAGCAAGUUUGUGGCAGGCUCAUGUGCAGGUGUAACUGCUGCAGUGACUACUUAUCCUUUGGACAUGGUCAGGGCACGACUGGCAUUUCAGGUCAAUGGCCAUCACAUCUACAAUGGGAUCUUUCAUGUUGUAACGUCCAUUGUUAAGACGGAAGGAGGUGUCCGAGCAUUGUACAAGGGUCUUUCUCCAACAGUUCUUGGUAUGGUGCCUUAUGCAGGGCUGUCCUUCUACGUCUUUGAGCGUUUGAAGGCCUUUUGCCUGGAAGUGUUUCCCAACACCUGCGGCCGUCCGUACCCUGGUAACACAGGUGGUAUUGUGCUUGUGGUUCCUGCCAAACUUCUGUGCGGGGGCUUUGCUGGUGCAAUUGCACAGACUUUUUCCUAUCCUCUAGAUGUUGCCCGUCGACAAAUGCAGCUCAGCAUGAUGCACCCAGAAAUGAAUAAAUACAGCAAGAGCCUGUUCAGCACAUUGGCAUUGACCUUUCGUGAGCACGGCGUCUCCCGAGGACUGUAUCGUGGUAUGAGCGUCAACUACCUGCGUGCGAUUCCCAUGGUGGCCGUGUCAUUCUCUACAUAUGAGGUUGCUAAACAGUUGCUGGGUCUGGACACUGGCCUUGACUCCUGAUCAUAUCUCGCUCUUUUAAUAACAGUGGUACACUUAACUGUGCCAGCCAGUCAUAAGCAUCAAAGUAACAGUCAGCAGCAAGUUAAGGUGUAGCCAACUCCUGGUGCUCUUGGCAAGCAGAUGCAUUUGUCAUACAUAGGGCAUCCCAUUUGGCCUUGCAGAGUACAGACUGUCCCAAAUACUGGAAUAUGCACACACUUGCACUUUUCUUGCAGUUUUGAAAAGUGCCAUAGUGCAAGUGCAUAUGCGAAACUGCUAGGAUUUUCAGUACACUGGAAGAUGUGACUGCAGUAGGCCUAAGUGUGUUUUGACAAAGCUUUUACUGCAAGCUGUGUACAGAGGCCAUGUAGUUGGUUUUGUGUACACAGCUUUUAUAUCGAAAAAACCAGAGGAAGUUUGCUUAGAAGUCUAGUGCAUUCACAAAACUCCACACACUUAAUCAUUAAUUCAACACCGCUCAGGUCUGCACAGAUUUUACUCAACUCAGCUGUGAUUUAACACAUAAGGUAUUGAGAUUCAAUAAAUGUCGAUGCAGGCACUGCCAGGUAAGAGCUGUCUGAACUCAACUUCUAAUUUAUGUCGUGGAAUUUUCAUGUUGGCAUUAAAGCACAAGGCACUCUUUUGCCAAGAUAAUGUAUCUACAUUCAUUGUACAUUCUCUGGAAUCAGUUUUGGAACUCCUUGAAUGGAAGUACUAUUUCAACAUUUAUUAAUUCACCAAUGUGAUUUCAUGCUUCAGUCACAGAACAACUUGUCUCUGUUAACAUGGGUUUAUGUUACUUUGCAACACUAUGCUGCCAAGGUGCCAGCUAAUUGCCGCGACCCUUUCAACACAGCUGUGUAAUUUCUGAAUAGGUAAACACCCUAGGAAAUUAAGAAGGUAAGCAAAUAGAAUGAAAGCACAUAUGGAUUAGUCUGAAGUAUGAUGCAACCUUGAAAACCAGUUUAGUUGCAAAACUCUCAAAUUAUGCAACUGAUUGAGCAAACACAACUGCUCUACAGGUGCCACAACUACUUUGCAGAUGAUAAUCCUUUAGUUCCAGUGACUUUGCAAUUUGAAUAUAUUUCCAACCAAUCAGUGUACGGGAAAUAGGACUUCUCGAAUUUUUUUAUAAUCUUGCAGAACUCUCGCAGAGCAAGACAAAAUUAAUUUCUUUUUGACAUGCAUAGUGAGCAGUUUAAUUACAACAAAGUGAAGCAUGGAACGCUAGUGUUUUGUGUUUUUACCAAGUGCAUUCAUCUAUAACUUGCGAUGGCAAAUGAUAUGCAAAAACAAAGGCUGAUGUAAUGUUUAUAGAAUAGUGACACAGAUUGUAUUUGCACUUACGUGCAACUCCUGUGCACCUCUACUUCAUGCCUGACCUACAAGAUCAGUUCCCACAAUUUAAAUUGAUAGGCUUGCACAGCAAUGUAUAAACGUCAGCAGACAUUGCGUAACUGCUUUCUCAAACACGUGUGCAUAUCACUGCACCUGUUACUUUUAUUAUGCAUAUAUUUCACAGCCUUCCGGAUUCAUUUUAAUGGCCGCUUGUAGUGAGGCACAAUGAUUGUAUAACUAGUGCAAGCUGUAUUAACAUUUUGAUGAUUGCCAAUACAUGAUACAAGCUGCUGAACUGUUUUUAUACUGUACUAAGCAAUAAAGACU